AUGGCAUACAACCAGGAGCCUCUAGCCGAGACCCCUGUCAUCAAAUUCAAUGGCCAGGACUAUAACUCCUUGCUGGAUCGUUGCCUAAGCACAGGCCUACCAUUUGAAGAUGAGACAUUCCCUGCAGAGAUUUCUUCCAUAGGUCUGCAGCUGGUCCAGGGUAAAAACCUCUCCAGCCUGAGGUGGAUGCGGCCAAAGGAUAUAUUAGAGGGUAAAUCAGAGCCUCACUUCAUCCUGGAAGGUGCAAGCAGAUUUGACAUCCAACAAGGAGAGGCCGGAGAUUGCUGGUUCCUGGCAGCACUGGGCUCCUUGACACAGAACCCACAGCAACUACAGAAGAUCCUGAUGAACCAAAGCUUUUCACACCAGUAUGCGGGGAUUUUCCGUUUCCGGUUCUGGCAGUGCGGCCAGUGGGUGGAAGUGGUGGUUGAUGAUCGCCUACCUGUCCUGAAUAAGGAGUAUCUCUUUGUGCACCCUCGCAAGAACAACCAAGAGUUUUGGCCCUGCCUGCUGGAGAAAGCUUAUGCCAAGUUUCAUGGGUCCUAUGUCAACCUGCACUACGGUUUCCUUCCUGAUGCCCUGGUGGACCUCACAGGAGGGGUGGUCACCAGCAUCAACCUGCACUCCAUUCCUUCUGACCUGGUGAUGAUGGUGAAGACAGCGGUCAAGACAGGCUCCCUGAUGGCCUGUGGCACCCUGGCUGAUGUGAGUGAGAGAAUGGAGAAUGGACUGGUGACUCAGCACGCCUACACAGUGACUGGGGCUGAGCGGAUUCAGUACGGGAGGGGCUGGGAAGAUCUUAUCCGCCUGUGGAACCCUUGGGGCCACACUGAAUGGAUAGGACGCUGGAGUGAUAGGUCUCCGGAAUGGCAGAAGAUCCGCAGCCAACAUAAAAGACUGCUAUACAAGGAUAAGGAGGAUGGCGAGUUUUGGAUGUCAUGUCAAGAUUUCCAAGACAACUUCUUCUGCCUGUAUAUAUGUAACCGAUGUCCAAUCAGCCUAAACCACAGAAACAUGCCUCAUGAAAGAUGGUCCCAAAUGAUGUUUAAGAACCGUGCAACUCCAGGAAACGCCGCAGAAGGACCUCUGAGAGACAUGCAGUACAUCUUCUCUGUGCCAGAGAGCAUGGAACACGACAAUGUCAUCACGUCCUUCAAUGUCAUGCCACAAAACUUAAAGGCAAAAGGUGAAUUUCCACUGACCUUCGAGGUAUUCAAGGUCGACCCUCAGUUCCAGCCCUUCUGGAAGAGGUUGCCAUCCACCUUCUUUUCUCAGUUCAGAAAUGCUAUCGAGGGUGUAGUUUUUAAAACCAAGUGCAACCUCACAAAGUACUUCAGUCUGAACCCUGGGACCUAUGUGGUGGUCAUCUCUGCAUACCGAGAAGAAGUUGAGUUUUUGCUCCGAAUCUUUCUGAAAAUGCCAGAUGGCGAUAGGAAUCUGGACAGCAAUCUCAAUCUUACACCACUGAAGGCAAGUCUUCCAGAAAGUGACUCUCAAGAAAGCAUCUUCCACAAAUAUUCUCAACAGGGACUGUACAUAGAUGCCACCCAGCUUCAGAACCUUCUCAACCAGGAGUUUCUCAAAGGAACUUCAGGGGACACAUUCUCUUUGGAUGAGUGCCGGAGCAUCGUGGCUCUGAUGGAUCUGAAUACGAAUGGGCGGCUCGAGGAAGAGGAGUUUGCGAGGCUCUGGGGCCGCCUUGUCAAAUGCCAGAGUGUUUUCCAGAUCAUCCAGAAGCGCUCUGGAGUUUUUCUGGGUUUGGAUUUGUGGAAGGCUAUGACGGAUACAGAUUUCCUUGCAGGGACCUCCAUCAGCAAUGAGCUACUGGAUCUCAUGAUCCUCCGGUACAGUGACAACAGCGGCCGGGUCAGCUUCCCUAGCCUGGUCUGCUUCCUGUUGCGACUUGAAGCCAUGGCAAAGACUUUCCAGAACCUCUCCAAGGAUGGAAUAGGACUCUACCUGACAAAAAUGGAGUGGAUGAACCUGGUCAUGUACAACUGA